GCUGCGUAAUGCUGUCCUAUCUAUAGCAGAAGCACAGACAGUUCAAUAGGAACUGUUGACUGAUCUAGUGGCAGGGCAGAAACAAAUUAUGGAUGCACUCCGGGCUCCUCCUCCAGUGAUGAGGCAGCCGCAGUUUGCUGUAGUUCCCCCUGUAGGUGCGGGUCCAUCAUCGAUGCCGCCACAUACAGGGCAAACUUUCUCUCCUAUGUUUGGCAUGCCCCCUCCAGGUGGUUUGGUAGCAACUAGUGGUCCGGUUCCAAGAGUCUUUGCCGUACCAUCCACGACAGUGGUAACUACAGUCCCACUGUCAAGCCAAGCCCAAGUUAGUGUGCAACAGCCUGUUUCAGUGGCUAUGCAGCCGCUGCAGCAAGCCCCUGGGCCCAUGCAGCCUAUGCAGUGGAUGCCCAAGAUACCUUUGAUGAGUCCCAAGCCUUUCUCUGAAGAUAGAAAGGAGGAAGACUUGGACACCUGGGUGAGGACUGUGCCUACUUAUGUGAGGCAUAAGCUCACAAGGCCAGAGCAAGAAGUUCUAGUGGCUGCCUCCUUUUUAGAGGGGUCGGCAGCCCGCUGGUUGAAUGGCUUAGUGCAGCAACAGGGCUACGGGCAGGAUUUCGAUGCCUGGGCUCAGGCUCAGACAUUAGAACAGUUUGUACGGUCUGUCUACAACAGGUGGCAUGACCCGCAAGGGGCUCAAAAGGCCACCGAUGCUAUCAACAACCUUUGUUCCCGCAGGUUCAAGGAUGUUAGAGAGCUUACGGACACCGUAGAACGCCUUCUCGUGGUACCUGGUGUGCGCUUUGACCAGCAGGUUCUCUUGACGGAUUACCUAAGGUGCCUACCUGCAGAGGUAAGGACCAAGCUGGUCGAUGAGGCCUAUGUCGAACAGCACACCUUCACUUCGUUUAGUAAGAAAGCUUUGGACAUAGAGGCAAAGCUAGGGUCUGCGCAUAGGGCAUCUCAAGAUGGUAGGAAGAGACUACCCCAGGACUGGAAGAAGAAAGGUCAGUUAAUGUUUGUUGACCAUGAUGGUCAAACGACGGAGAUUGAUGAAUUCCCAGACCUUAGUUUGACAGACCAGGAUGGGGCCAGUGAGACUUCGGAUGGGGGAGUCAUGGCACCCAUCAAAGAAAAGGCUAGGGGGACCGGGAAGAAGAAGGUAGGACGGUCCACGGGUCAGGGCGACCAAGGGACACCCGCAUGGGUGAAGCUUGGUUUAGAUUACGAGGUUUGGAGUGGCCGCAAGGUUGGCGCCUUCGCAGACAUAGGCUCUACACGAAAUUUCAUCAAUCGUGCUUGUGUGGAUAGACUGCGCUUAGGGGACCAAGUGCAGCGGCUUAGCAGAACUGUAGCUUCUACGCUAGCCAACAAGCACCAAAUGGUUGUAAAGGACUAUGUCAAGGACGUAGCCUGCACCUUCUCCUAUGGAGGAGGGAAAGUGAUCCACAAGAUCUCCUUCUUGGUGAGCGACGAACUGCCAUUCGAUAUGCUACUAGGCAUGUACUACCUCGAAGUCUCGCAACCUCAGUUUGACUGGGAUAGAAAGGUGUUGAUCCACAAGUUGCCCAAUGGUAGAACUGUUAGAUUGCAAAAGUACAAAGCUAGCAGUCUAAUAGAAAACUACGGGUGUAUGUGCGCUUCCUCCUUCUAUAACUACUAUAACCAGAAUCGAGAGGAGGGCAUGUAUCUAGUCUUUGUCUCUGAGAAAGGGGAGGCCGUUAAAUCACCAACAGAGAUAGAAAAAGUCGUCGCACAAUAUUCAGACCUUUUUGAGGAGCCCACAGGCGUGGUAGAAAGGGAGGUUGUCCAUGCAAUAGAGGUUGUCCCAGGUAACAAGGUGCCUAGAGGAAGAAUCUAUAGGAUGUCUCCUGCGGAGUUAAAUGAGCUUCGCCGCCAGCUCACGGAGCUCACAGAGAAGGGAUGGAUACGGCCUAGUACCUACCCGUACAGUGCGCCGGUCUUAUUUGUCCCAAAGAAGGGAGGUCCGUUAAGGAUGUGCAUUGACUAUAGGGGCCUCAAUGCCAUCACCGUUAAGAACGCGGAGCCCCUACCCCGCAUUGACGACCUCUUGGAUAGAGUGCAGGGAUACCGGUACUUCACAAAGAUAGAUCUAAAGUUCGGAUACCAUCAAAUUGUUGUUAGACCUGAGGACCAGCACAAAACCACAUUUCAGACUAGGUACGGCCUGUACGAGUUUGUGGUGAUGCCUUUUGGCCUAUGCAAUGCGCCUGGUACGUUCCAGCACGCGAUGAACAGGAUUUUUCAUGACUACUUAGACAAGUUUAUCGUCGUGUACCUCGACGAUAUUCUCAUCUUUAGUAGGACUGUAGAGGAGCACGCUGAGCACUUGAAAACAGGGCUAGGUCUCCUAAGACAGCACCAGUACAAGGUAAACUUGGAUGAAUGCGAGUUUGGUCGCACCAAGAUCUUGUACUUGGGUCAUGAUAUUUCAGCAGCUGGAUCGAGGCCGGAAGAUGCAAAGGUGGCCAGCAUACGUGACUGGCCUAGACCUCAGACUGUUAUUGAGGUCAGAUCGUUUUUGGGGAUGACGGGUUAUUAUCGUUCGCUUGUGAAGAAUUAUAGUACUAUAGCUUCCCCAUUAACAUAUCUAACUCGACUUGACACCCCUUGGGAGUGGACUGGAGAGUGUUAGGCAAGCUUCAAGAAAUUGAAGUAUGCUCUAACACACUAUGAAAUUCUCAAACUUCCUGAUCCUGACAAGCCAUUUGUUGUGACCACAGACGCCAGCCAAUAUCG